GUCAGGCCUUUAUAAACUUUGUGUACCUCUAUCUGAGCUGUGUUUUCUAUCUUUCUUCGUUGUCUGCUGCAGCCCAAAUUAGACAUAGGAAGCAACAAUGCUGCCUCUAGCUAUAAUGGCCGCGUGCCUCAGUGCAGCCCUGUCGGCCCCCAGUCUGGACCCACAGCUGGACGAGCACUGGGAUCUGUGGAAGAGCUGGCACAGUAGGAAAUAUCAUGAGAAAGAGGAGGGCUGGAGGAGAAUGAUAUGGGAGAAGAACCUGAAGAAGAUUGAACUGCACAACCUGGAGCACUCAAUGGGCACACACUCUUACCGCCUGGGCAUGAACCACUUUGGAGACAUGACUCACGAGGAGUUCAGGCAGAUCAUGAACGGCUACAAGGCCAAAGCACAGAGGAAAACCAAGGGGUCCCUGUUCAUGGAGCCCAACUACCUGGAGGCCCCACGAUCUGUGGACUGGAGGGAUAACGGCUACGUCACUCCCGUCAAGGACCAGGGUCAGUGUGGCUCCUGCUGGGCCUUCAGCACCACCGGAGCUCUGGAGGGGCAGCACUUCAGGAAGACCGGCAAACUGGUGUCGCUGAGCGAGCAGAACCUGGUGGACUGCUCCAGACCCGAGGGCAACGAGGGCUGCAACGGAGGUCUGAUGGACCAGGCCUUCCAGUACAUCGAGGACAACCAGGGCCUGGACUCUGAGGACGCUUAUCCUUACCUGGGAACGGACGACCAGCCCUGCCACUACGACCCGUCUUACAACUCUGCCAACGACACCGGCUACGUCGACAUCCCCAGCGGUAAGGAGCGCGCUCUGAUGAAGGCCGUGGCCGCUGUGGGACCCGUUUCAGUCGCCAUCGACGCCGGUCACGAGUCUUUCCAGUUUUACCAAUCAGGAAUCUACUAUGAGAAGGAAUGCAGCAGCGAGGAGCUCGACCACGGCGUGCUGGUGGUGGGUUAUGGCUUCCAGGGAGAGGAUGUGGACGGCAAGAAAUUCUGGAUCGUGAAGAACAGCUGGAGUGAAAAGUGGGGAGACAAAGGCUACAUCUACAUGGCGAAAGACAGAAAGAACCACUGUGGUAUUGCGACGGCGGCCAGUUAUCCUCUCGUCUAACGUUUGCACGGCUCCACUUUGUAGCCACAUAGUGUUUUUUAUUAUUGCAAUAGUUUGGCUGAAGGCGGCGGACGAGGCUUCAGUCCGAGCGACGACAUCGACGGGAGAUUCGGAGAUGUUUUUAUGAGCAGAAACACUGUUGUUUUUAGGGAAAUGGCGCCAUUUUCUUUUUGGCUGGUUUUAUGCCACUUUAUUUUGUCCGAAAGAUUUUAGUCGAGUGUUUUAUUCUUUGUAAAUAUGUGUAUGCUACUCGGUAAGUGAUACGUUGACACUUGCUUCAGUCAUUGUAAAUGAUUUUUUUUUUCUACUUUUUCUGUGAUCAAUUAAAGUUGUGAAACACUA